AUGGAAAUAGCUUCUCCACAUCACGAACCUAUGGAGUUCAGUGAGCUAGUAAUGGAAGACAAAUGGGAUGAUGUAAUUACAAAAUACAAAGAAGAUAGUAACUGUCACAAGAUAAAAAUCAAGGGAAGAGGAACAGCAUUACAUGUGGCAGUAAGCAAUGAACGCAAAGACGUAGUGAAAAGUCUUGUAGAAGCAAUAGAAAAUGUUGAUGAUAAAAGUAGUUUGAGAAUGGUGAAUGAUAUAGGUGCUACUCCUCUUCACCUUGCAGCAUAUAGAGGAUUCACAGAUGUGUGUGAAUAUAUAAUUGGAAAAAAAGGUGAAAGGAAAUAUUUGAUUCUAGAGAAAAAUGAUAAUGGAGAAACACCACUUUUUUGGGCUGUGCGGGCCGGUAAAAGAUUAGUGUUUGUUUAUCUACAACAGUUUUAUCCAUAUGAUAUCAAUAUUGCAAUCGAUAGGAAUAAUACUAGCAUCCUUCAUGUUGCUAUUCAGAGAGAAAUGUUUGAUUUGGCAAUUAUAAUAAUGUAUUGCUACCAAGGUCUUAUCUAUAUGAAGGAUAAAGAUGACAUUAUUCCUCUUGAAAUUCUUGCUACUAGGACAUCAGCCUUCAAGAGUGGAAGUAGGCUAUCAUGGUGGAAGCAAAUUUUAUACUACUGUUUUACUAUAAGCCGCCACGAUGCAAAAACUACUGUGGACUUGUACCAAAAGAAGGUUGUAUCUAAGGGAAAUGCAAAGAAUGAGAAAGAUGAUUAUAUUAAAGAAGAAUUACCAUUAUACCAUGUUGAUGAAUUAGAAAAGGCAUACAAAAUACGACAUUCUCUUGCUCAAUACUGUCACCGAAUUCAAAAGUUUGUAUUCAAAUGGCCAAUCCUGUCACUAUUGGAUUUAGAAGCAAUAAAGACUAUUAAGAAGAAUCACAUAUAUGGUCGUCAACUCUUGGAAGAAUUUAUGCAAAAACCUACUUGGUCAUACAUGGGUGGUGGGGUUAAUCCAGAAGGUGACAACAGAGAAUAUGAUGACGAAAUGGAAGAAGAUUUUACGAAUUUUCCAGAAUUUAUCAAAAACGCGGGGGUAGGAGGUGAUACCACAUCAAUGCAAGAGACAAAAGAAAAUAAAAAAAUGGAAGAUUCAGCCAAUACUGAUGGAAAAGAUACAACAUUUUUGGCAGUAGCAAAAAGUGGCAUAGCAGAAAUUAUGGAAGAGCUUGAUUCUAAAGUACCAAAUACAUCUGAUAAGAAAGGUUUAUUACUUGUAGCAAUGAAGAAUAUUAAAACAGAAGUGAAAAGUGAUGUAAAGGACACAGCGUAUUUAAUUGCAGCAAGUCAUGGAAUAGUUGAGAUGAUGUCAGAGCUUCAAUCAAAGAUAAAAAGUGUGAUCGAUGAGAUUAACUCUAACAAUGAAAAUGCAUUGCUUUUGGCAGUAAAGAAUAGGCAACCACAUGUUAUUCGAUGGUUGCAGAAGGAAUUAUCUGAAGGGGUCUUUCAUUACCUAUAUCUACAAAAUGAUAAAAAUGAGAACACCAUCUUACACUUGGCAGCAUAUACAUCAUUCCAGAGAGAAAAUACUUGGAGGAUAUCUGGUUCUGCCAUGCAAAUGAUGUGGGAUAUCAAGUGGUAUAAGUACAUAAAAGGACUAGUACCAGAGCAUUUCAAUCAAAGAAGCAACAAAGAAGGCAAAACACCAAGUGAAAUAUUUAAGGAGCAACACAAAGAACUGUUACAAAACAGCGUUGAGUGGUUGAAAGACACAGCAGAGUCGUGCUCAGUUGUAGCAGCUCUCAUUGCCGGUGUCUCCUUUGCGACAUCAGGCAGUGUCCCUGGUGGAAAUAAGCAAUCAGGAGAACCAAAUUUAGAAGGACAUCCUGCAUUUGAAGGAUUUGCUAUAUCUUCAUUAAUUGGACUUUACUUCUCCGUCACUGCACUCAUCAUGUUCCUUUCUAUACUCACUUCUCGAAAAGAAAUCGAAGACUUUCGUCGAAACUUGCCAAUGAAGCUUCUUUUCGGCUUGUGUUCUCUCUUCGUAUCCAUUGUUGCUAUGUUUGUUUCUUUCUGUGCUGGACAUUUCUUUGUGCUCACAGAUAAAUAUACAAAGGGAGGUAUCUUGUUCUAUUUAUAUAUUUCCAUUUGCUUGCCGGUCGCAUUCUAUGCAGCUGUGCAAUUUCCGUUAUUUGUUGAUCUUAUUAAGGUUAUUUGGAAGAAGGUUCCACCACCAAGUGUUAAGGGCGUUCUUCUAUAG